AUGGAUACACAGAACAGGCGAGGGACGUGCCCUUCGCCCGACGCGGGCACGGAAAGCGCCAAAUCACAUGACGGCGGCGGCUGUCACCCCGCGCGGCCCAGGUCCUCCUCGCCCAGGUCCUCCUCGCCCAGGUCCUCCUCGCCCAGGUCCUCCUCGCCCAGUCCUGGCCCUGGCCUGCCCCGCCCUCCCCCAGCAGGAGCCCGCAGCGCGGCCGAGGAGGAUCCCCCGAGGGCGUGCGGCGAGGGCAGGGCAGCUGGCACUCCCGCCCCGCCCCGUGCCCGGCCCUCCCGCGCCCGCCGUCCAGGCUGCGGCCCCGCCCCGGCCUGCCCGCGGAGGCCGAGGAAGGCGUCGCGCGGCCACCGAGAGCCUCGUCGCCUCCGAGGCCGCGAGAGAUUCACCCGCGGCCUCGGCAGGAAGGCCUCGCGCCCGCCCGCCCGCCCCCGCUCCCUGCCCGCCCUCCGCGCCCUUACCUCCUGCUCGAAGACUUCCCUGGGCGGUUCCACCCCGUCGGCCCCCACAGCGGGCGAGAUUCGGCAGGGGCAGCAGCGCGGCUCCACGGACACCCUCGGCCACGGAACGAAUGACGUCACUCGCAGCCCGCGCGCCAUCUCUUGGCCGCCCCGGGAACCUCGCGCGGCGCCAGAUUUGAAUGGGGAGGCUCUCCCAGGGGGUGUCGAGCGUCCAAGAUUCUCAAAGUCAAGUAAAAAUGUCAAAUAUGUCAAUGGUGUCACAGUUGCCAAUGCGUGUCUUUUCACACGCGGCGCUGGCGAAGGCAGCGGGAAAAUGGGCGUCCUCAAGCUUCCCCAGAACCAGCAGGGGCUGUUGCGCGCCAUGCUGAGUGCAGUAACCCGGGUACAGGCCUCGGCAGUUCAGAAAAGUGCCUGA